AUGAGCUCACCAGAGAGCAGUGUGACGAGCUUGGACAGUCAACCUGUUCGCGAGGUGGAGUACCCCGUCGGUGUGCAAACCGAGGUUCCGGACACGAAUGGCGGUCUCUUCAAGACGGUGCUUAUUGAGGGAAGCGGGACUAAGCCAAUAAAGGGUUCGAAGGUGACAGUACACUACGUCGGCACGCUGGAGUCCGAUGGCUCCAAGUUCGACAGCAGUCGUGACCGCGGGGAAUACUUCGAGUUCACGUUGGGUCGCGGGCAGGUCAUCAAAGGUUGGGAUCGGGGCGUCGCCACUAUGCGGGUGGGGGAGAAGGCAGUUUUGCGCUGCACACCAGAAUACGGCUACGGUGCGGCCGGUAGCCCGCCAAAGAUACCAGCGAACGCCACACUUCUAUUUGAAGUGGAGCUAUUCAGUUGGACACGGGAGGAGGAUAUUUCCGAGAGCAAGGACAAAUCGAUCAUGAAAAGCCUUGCUGUCGAGGGUAUCGAUUACGAAAAGCCUGGAUACGAAUCCAAGCUGAAAGUUGACCUACGCGUGUACGCGGGGCCGCACAGCGAUGAUCAGCCAGGGACGCUGCUGUGCGAGCGGCUCGACUGGGAACUCACCUUGGGUGACACGCCGCUGCCACCCCACCUUGAGACAUGCCUCUCAACUAUGCGGAAGCGCGAAUCUGCUUCCUUCCGUAUCGAUCCCCGUCUUUCCACGGAACACAACGAGGAGUUCAACAUAUCCCCUGGCUCGCAGCUAACAUACGCAGUAGAGUUGCGUGAGCUCACUACGGUCAAAACAUGGAUGUUCGAGGGUCCGGCACGGGUGGAAGAAGCAGAGCGACGGAGGGCACAGGGCAAUGAGGCCGUAAGGAGCGGAAAGUUCAGCGUCGCAGAACGGAAAUAUCGUCGAGCACUGGAAUUUGUCGAGGCAGAUAGCGGUUUCGGCAGUGAUAAUGAUGAGAGCUUGGCGAGUGCCCGCAAAGUCCGUCUGGUGCUUUGGGGUAACCUGGCGCAGGCCCUUCUUGCCCAAGGGUCUCACCAGGAGUGUAUCCGGUACUGUAACAGGGUGCUGGAGGUUGAACCAGGUAACGCAAAGGCAUUGUUCCGCCGGGCAAAGGCCUAUGAUGCACAGAGUGACUGGCACGAGGCGAAGGGGGAUCUUGAGACGAUCCUGCAAGCAGAUCCACAGAAUACGGACGCCAGGGUGCUGUUGCAGCGGGUACAGGCACAACGCAAAGCCUACGAGAAAAAGCAGCGUGAGGCAUAUAAGAAGAUGUUUUCGUAG